UCCCUCAGAAACCCUAGAUUUUUCGUUCAUCUGCGCAAGAGGCCAGCACCUCCAAUCCUUCACCCGCUUCAACCCACAGUACGAAGCCGUUUGUUUAUCUCCGGUCUCGUCUCCUGCCGUUCGGCUUCUCAAUUUGAUCCGAUCUUUCAUUUCUGUUGUGGUUUCAGGACAGAAAAUGAAGGUUGUCGCAGCUUACCUUCUCGCCGUUUUGGGAGGCAACUCCUCCCCCACCGCCGAGGACUUGAAGAAGAUCCUUGGAUCCGUUGGCGCUGAUGCUGAUGAGGAUAGGAUUGAGUUGCUCUUGUCUCAAGUGAAAGGAAAGGACACCACCGAGCUCAUUGCAGCUGGUAUGGAGAAGUUGGCCUCAGUUCCUUCAGGUGGUGGUGGCGGCGGCAUUGCAGUUGCUGCAUCAGCUGGCCCUGCCGCUGCUGGUGGUGCUGCCCCAGCUGCGGAGUCAAAGAAGGAAGAGAAAGUGGAAGAGAAGGAAGAGUCAGAUGAUGACAUGGGUUUCAGCUUGUUCGACUAGAUUCCUCUGCAUGCUGGCUAUUGUUGUCCCUUGAAGACUGUUGUACUUUGGUUUUUUACUUAGUGUUUUAGUUGAACUUUUACAAGUUUUGUUAUCUGUACUUCGAGAUUUAUUGGAUGUGCCUGAGAGCAGUCUUAAUUUUGGAUUUAUGAAUGAAGAUGUCAUGAAAUUGCAGUGUUAGCUCUGAUACUUAAAUUCUCUUA